GCGGUUGCGGCCGUCGUAUGCCACUCUAAAAGACCACUCUUUUCAGAGAUCAGCAAAGAGAAAGAGGGUUUCUACGCCAACUCUCUCUCUCUCUCUCUCUCUCUCAUAUCUCUUCAAUGGAAGGCGGAGGAGAAGAUGUAAUCAUGCCAAUCCAUGAUCCUGAUUUCUCCUCCGUUGCUUCGCCGGAGGAAACGAUCAUGGAUCCUCACUCUGAGAAACCUCUUCAGGACUCCCAUGAACUUACUCCUCCUAUUCCUAGUACCACUAUUGCCACCCUAACUGAUGAACUUCGGGACAAGAUCAUCAAGCAGGUGGAAUACUAUCUGAGUGAUGAAAAUUUGAAAACCGACAAGUUCUUGUUGAAAUAUCUUGCAAAGGACGAGGAAGGCUACGUUCCGGUUGCAGUUAUUGCUUCUUUUAAGAAAAUGAAGAAGCUGACACAUCACAAAUCUCUAAUUGUGGCUGCACUGAAGGAAUCUUCUCUUCUGACUUUAAGUUCAAAUGAGAAGAGGGUUAAGCGAGUUCAUCCGUUCCCUUUGACUGAGGUUUUGGAUCCAGAGCUAUGCACCGUUCUGGUGGAGAAUCUCCCAGAGGAUCACACAAUAGAGAACAUGAAGAAAAUAUUUGGCAAAGCUGGAAUCAUCAAGAAGAUUACCAUUCAUGAAGAAAAUGCUACAAGGGAGCCUAAGAAAUGCAGUAUUGAAGAGAAGCUUCUAAGUGGUAAGUUGCAUGCUGUUGUGGCAUAUGAGACUGUUGAGGCUGCUGAGGACGCUGUUGCUACUUUAAAUAAUGAGCAGGACUGGAGACAUGGCAUGCGAGUGAAGCUUCUCAAGCGCAGGGUCAAGACUCCACAGAGGAAAAAGGGACAUGAUUCUGAGAAGAAAAGUAAUGCCCAAGCAGAUCCACCAGGGGACAAGGAGAACCAGCAAUCAAGUGAGCACCAUGAUGAUCCACCAAAUGAAGAGCAUGAUGGGGAGCAUCAAUCAAGGGAGAAAAAUGGAAACAAGGGUCAGAACUGGAGGCGUUCUAGGAAACAGAAAUAUCAAGGACCUAGUGGCAUGGGGCAUGGGAGUGAAAUUCCAAAGCCCCCUCCGGGGCCAAGAAUGCCCGAUGGUACAAGAGGAUUCACGAUGGGACGGGGGCGACCAUCCGUGAGUUGACAACUAGAACCAGAUUUUUUUUAUGUUUUAUGCACUGACAAGUACGAGUAUUAUAUGGUGGAAAUCUGGAUAGGAGUCCACUUGAGUUGAUGUGUAAAGGUGAAAUGUAUUUUGAGAUUGGAGGGUGGGUUCACAAGGAAGGAUUGCUUUUAUGAUGAUGGUCUGUGUAACAU